AUAUUUUUGAUGUGAUGGCCGUCCUCUAUUGAAAACUACCACGAUGCGAUCAGUGUCGACGUUKUUGCUUCAAUAACCAGGCUCAAGGGAAACAACAUAUAAUCCUUUCGUUUCCCCGAAGCCUCGUCUUCAUCACAUAACUGAAGUAUUGGGCUACCUGUGUUAGUAAGUGCAGGUCAGCGGCAAUAUUGGCGCCAUGAUUCAAGAUGGCUGAUGAAGUUAUAGGAUGGGGGUUUACAGAGCUUAAAUUAGAGAGAAGACGACCUUCGAAACGACAAACUACAAAAAGACCUUUUGUUAUUGUAAAGAAUUGGGAAUCUAGUACAGAUAGUAAUGCUACUCCARUUAAGAUCUCGUCCUGUUCCCAGGAUAUCGCACCAUCUCCACAGUUUCCUAAACAGCAGUGGCAAUCAAAGCGAACAGCGAAUGGAAAUGAAAACAGAAAUGUUGACAAUACCGUUGAAGAUGGCCUACAAGAAGUGGAGCCACACAAUUCCCUUUCUAUUGCUUAUGACAGGACAGAGUAUACUAGUCCAGUUAUUGAUGGUACUAGUAAUACAACAGAUUCUCUAGCUACUACAAGCCCAGCUAUUGAUGCAGAUCAUAACAAGUCUUCAAGUCCUACCAUUGCUGAUCUACCUUUAAAUAAUGGCUCAAUUGAUGAUGACAAUUCUGUUGUGUGUGGAAGUGCUUCUGUGUCAGUCACAUCAUCUAAAAUUGAAGCCACAAAGCAACAGACUUCAGAUGCCUCUUUUUCAAGAGAACAUAGCAAACAACGAAGAAGACAGCAGCCAUCUAAUAAGUCGCAUGAAGAGAAAGAGGCACAGUCUUUUAGAAAAACACGAAGCAGGAAAAGAAAGCAGGAYGAUGCUAUUCAUGAUGACUUGAUGGGAAAUCAAGACAUUUACACUGAAAACAGGUUUGUGAGAAUCUUCAAUGCUGACCAAGGAAGAAAAGUAUCUGUUUCAGAGAUUACUGACCURGACGUGAUACURACAGCAAUUGAAGAACAAGCACUGCAGCACAGGGAUGAAGUUGAAUCUGAAACUGAAAAACAAAGCAUCAAAGAGUUUUUUAUUCAAACCAGGAAGUCAGUUGGGAAUUGUAUUGGCCUUCAAAAGGAAUUGAAAGAAGUGAAAUCAGAUCUAAGGAAGGUGAUUGUUAAAGAAGUACAUAAAAACAUAAAACAUGGAAGAGAUCAUAACCAGACAAUGGUCACAGUAUCAACAAUGUUUUGCCAAUUAUAAUUAUUAUAUAUACCUUAUUUUAGGCAAAAAKCAGAUUAAAGAAAUGUAGAAGUGARCUGUUUGAAGUCCAAAAGAAGAGAACAAGGGUUAAAGGAAAGUUGGUUAAACUGCAGAAAGAAAAAACUGGCAAAAGUGCAAAUUACCAGGAUUUGUCUGAAAUCAAUAAUUUUGUGAAACAAAUGAAAAGCAUACAAAGAAAAUGUCCCAUGAAGACUGCUAGCAGUAAAGAAACAAUGAGUAAUCUCCCAAGUGUGAUGUGUCAAGUGCAAGCAUUGCUUGUAUCAAUGAAACGACUUCAAGCAUUGMACACAACAUUURARGGAUGGCUAAAGACUCAUUAGCAUCUUUGGAUUGAGUUAUAUAAACUUAAUGAUAUAGCGAAACUGAAACCUGAUCUACAGUUCUUUUUAUACUGGCAUUUGAUACACGUCUGCACAYCAACUGGAAAUCAGUGUUUUUUGUACAUGUAUCUAUUUGUAAGACUUGUUAAUAUGGCCAGCAUUCCUAAAGAAAUGCAAGUAUUUAUGUAUGGCUAUUCAACCUGAAUCUCUAAAAUAGGCUUUUGAUUAAAUUAUGAAAGAGAAUAAAUAUUAUGCAUCAAUCUAUGCCUUUCUUCUUGUAAUUAUAGAUAAUGGAGUUUAUGUACAGUUUAAAUAUUAUUGUUUGGUAUUGGAAAUAUUUUUUCCUGUUGUGCAUGUAAAUAUAGUGCAUUUUCCAAGAAAUUUGAUUUGUGUUCUCCAAAUGUUAUGUUUGAAUAAAUAAAUAGUAAAAAUCACGUGG